AUGCCACUCAAUAGUUCAAUCACAAAUGCGCCCACUUCUUCCCCAACUCAACCUGUAACAAGCUCCCCCAACGACGCCCUUGAGUCCGCAACUUCCCCUGGAUCUGUGAAGAGCACCUCUAGAGGCGGCAGAAGCAGACCAGCAUCGGUUGCUUCCAAGGGCUGUAUAACCUCCGCUUCUACCUUGGCGUGUAAACCAGAGGACUUCAAAAAGUGGGCGUCAAUCGUGAAGCUACAACUUGAACCAAGCAUCAGUUUUGUCAUUCCCCCUGACCCCUGCUUCCAAAAUAUCCGGAGAAUUCAGUCUGCCUCUGUUUGUUUACCUUCCUGGCUGGGGGACGAGACCUCCUCAUGCAUUAGUCAUUUACCUUCAGUUUAUCGCAAUUUACUAGAGAGAGUCAGGUCACUGAUCAAGACAGACAUCUGCUCUCUUGACAAGAACGACAUUCCAGAUCUGCCCUCUGCAUUGCCUAUAAUAUUGCAAAUUUGCAACCAUCAGGCAAGACUACGUGCUGCGGGAAAACAGCAUAGCGAGAUGGACAUCCGCAUUGGGAUUGAUGCCCUUAUGCUUUAUAGUUGUGAUAUGGAAGAAGGACACCCAUUAACAUAUAACACUGAACAAACGCUCAAGCUCCCCUCAGCUGCAACCGAAGCAUUUGAUGUCACCGGUACUACUGCAGAUGGGGUUCAUACAUUAGAUAUCCCAAACCUACGUGUUUACCUGAAUCUUGAGUUCCGGAAGCUAACAUCUGCCAUUAAAGAGGUUCACUUAAUCCCUCCUGCUACGUUUGCCAUGAUACAUUGUGUAACUGAAUACAAGCGCGAGGGAAGCGGUGUAAACCAGCUUGUCUUUGGUAUCUACCAAUGUGGCACGGAUUUUGUCGAAGUUGUCUCAGCAACCUGGCAUAACAGCAUGAUCAAGACUUAUCUUGUUGGAUCAUAUUCGUUUCACUGUCCGCUUCAAAUGAUCCAAUUCUACCUGGUCCUCCGACAGAUUAAACACUUAGGAUCAGAGUAUGCUGACGAAUUGACCAAAUCCGAUGGUAUUCUACUACGAGCAUUUAGGGAGAAUCCGCCAAAGAAUGUUUGGGACAGAAGCAACCUACCAACUGUCCCUGAAACCCCAGAAGAGUCGAAUAUUCAAGGGGGAUAUGGAGGGCCAUCUGGAAAGACAGGACUUUCAGAUCAUUUGUCGGCGCUUGGUCAGUUUGACAGUUCCGAAAGAAUAUCAGAUUAUAUCAAGAGCCUCAGAUCCUUCCCUAUGAAUGCGUCCGCCCCUCUUGUUUGCCACAGCUACACAACUCACACCGAAAGCUCAGUCUCUUCCGACUAUGAUCUUGAAAGUCUGAAAAGCCCCCCACUGGGCGAACUUCCUAUGAAUAUCGGCAAAGCUGCUGACCUUAUGGAACACUACGGAUAUUGCUUCCUGCCAGGGAACGAGGCGGAAAACGCUCUGGAAGGGCAGCAAGCUUGA